AUGAAUUGGUCAAAUGUGAGAAAGCCUGAAGUAUUCCUUCUUGUUGAUGGAUACUAUUUGAUCAAGUUCCAGAAAUUAAGUGAUAUGAAUGAGGUUCUGUUUUUAGGACCAUACUCAAUCAAUAAUCGACCAAUAAUUCUGAAGCAAUGGUGUCCUAAGUUUGAGUUUGGAAAUGAGUUCUUAACUGAAAUACCUUUAUGGGUAAAUUUUCCAAAGUUGCCUUUGAAUUGUUGGGGAGAAGGAUCCUUGAGCAGUAUAGCAAGUGCAAUUGGAUUGCCCAUCUUUGCAGAUGAAUGUACUACUAAGCAAACUAGGAUUUCAUAUGCUAGAAUGUUAGUAGAAGUUAAUGUCACACAAUCUAUUCCCCAGAAAAUCACAGUAAUGGAUCCUUAUGGGAAGACAUUUUCACAGGAAGUGGUGUUGGAAUGGAGGCCUCAGUAUUGUGAUAAAUGUCAGAAGAUUGGACAUGUAUGUCAAGUGGAGAAUGGUUUAAAUGAGGAGAUAAUAAAGAAAAGAAGAGCAUGGAAGAAAGUCACACAAACUUGGCAAUACAAAGGGCCAAUAACAAAGAAGACUGAACAAGAGAAGAAGAAGGAGCAUAGCCAAGAGAUGAGGAUGAGGCCACAAGAAGAAGAACAGAUUUCAGAAAUAGUGCAAACACCAAAGAGUAAUGCAGUACAGGGGCAUAGUCAGCUGGAGUUAAGCUUGGAUAAAUUUCCCAUACUGAAGCCUAUUGCAACAAGGAAUGGAUUUGAGAGUCUUAUGAGUGUGAAAUCUGCUUCAUUCUCUGUUGAUAGAGGUGGAGCACCAAAGUCCUCUGGUUUAGUAGAAACUAGAGUUAAAAAUAAUAAGCUGAGUUCAGUUCUUAAAGGGAUAGCACUAGGAUGGCAGGUUCUACACAACUAUGAAGAUAGUGCUAAUGGCAGAAUUUGGGUGAUUUGGGAUAAUAAUUGGUAUGAAGUCAAGAAAAUUUCCAGCUCUACUCAGAUGGUGCAUUGCCAGGUGAAUGAAAGGAGUAAGGGAUACCAGAUUAUACUAACAGUAGUAUAUGGUCUUAAUACAGCUCAGCAGAGAAAGAGUUUGUGGAAAGAAAUGGAAACUCUAGCACAUGGUAUUACACAACCUUGGCUGAUAGUAGGAGAUUUUAAUGCAGUAUUAUAUGCUAAGGAUAGAAUAGCUGGGGUUCCUGUUACUAGUAAUGAGAUAAAAGAUUUUGGAGAAUGUGUGAGAGACAUGGAGGUUAAUGAACUGCAAUGGAUGGUAAUUACUACACCUGGAGUAAUAAGCAGUGUGGAGAGAGUAGAAUCUCAAGCAGAAUAG